AUGAUUGAAUCUACAAAUACAGGAAUUUAUCAUUGGAAAUUAGGAGACAUAGCUCUCGCUAGGAUUUGCAAAAAAGUGUACGCAAAAGUCCAAGUUGUGAAGAAUGAAGAUGGAUUGUUUCAUGACGAGAAAGGUAUCUCAUCAUGUGACGAUGAGGUUCAAGUGACCGAUGAGUUAUGUUACUUCGUGGAAAUACUCCGCAAUAGACAAAGGUUGUGGCUUCCAUAUACUUGUAUGCACCUGGCUGAACGAUCAAGACCAUAUUAUGGGCCUUCAUAUAAAGCACCAGCUGUUAAGCCAGCAGUGAAAACUACUCCUAGGAAGAGAAAAAUUAUUGAGGAACACAUACUACCUAUAAAUGUGAAACCUUCAAAAUCUAAAGAACCAGAUCUGAAUGUAUCCUAUGAAACCCGUCAGAAACCGCUCAAGCAAGGGAAGUAUGAAAACGCUUUCAAAGAAUUUGUUAGACUUGGCAAGGAACAGAUAUUCGAUCAGUUCUAUGAUGAGUUAUGUCUCGAUAAAGAAAACAAUGAUGAUAUAUUAUACUAUAUGCAUAACAUAGAUGCGAGUACCGAGGACAAGUUUGAAACGGUCAUCAAAAAUAUUAUGACAGAGAAAGAAAUAGAGAAUUAUUUACAUCAGUGUUGGAGAUAUAACUUUGUUCACAAACAAAUUGAUAGCAAAGAAACAUCCGAUAACUCGAAGAUUUUCUCCGCCUCUCCGCCAGUAAUAACAGUUCAUAUAUCCUGGUGUCUCGUUUGUGGUGAGAAUGAGAAGCUUCGUGAGUGCACUCUAUGCCCUGCAUCCUAUCACUUGGCUUGUAGAAGAGAAUGGCUGCUGUCUAUAAUACGUCGUCGUUCUGAUAACCGAUAUGGUAGUAUGCGACUCGCUGAUAGACAAUUGGCUUAA